AUGGCGUCAGCCUUCCCCUCACUCAAACACCUAGGCUCCCUGCCCUACACCACCCCCGCAAGCCGCCUCCGCACCCUCGACAUCUGGCUUCCCACGCCCAGCCCAACCGCACCCUCACCCUCUCUCUGGCUCAUCUACCUGCACGGCGGCGCCUGGCACGACCCGCUCCAAGACUCGACCUGCAUCAACCCUCUCCUCUCACACCUCAGCAGCACCCACUCCACCACACUCGCCUCCCUCGCCGGCAUCGCCAGCCUCAACUACCGCCUCUCGCCGUACCCCGCGCACCCCACGCACCCCAGCACGCCCUCUGACGCCGACCGCACCGCCAAACACCCCACGCACGUCCGCGACGUCGCCGCCGCGCUGCGCUUCCUGCAGCAACACCAUGGCAUGAAGCGCUGGCUCGGCGUCGGCCACUCGUGCGGCGCAACCAUGCUCGCACAGCUCGUUGCAGGCAUCGGCGCCGCAGACGACGAGGACCCCGAUGCGGCGGCGCCGCCCACCGGCCCAGAAGCCCUGGUGCUGCUCGAGGGAAUAUACAACAUUCCGCUGCUGCUGCGCAACCACGCCCCGCCCGCGUGUCCGCAGCAUAUUUCAGACAUCUACCGCGCUUUCGUCGGUCAUGCCUUUGGCCCAGACGCAGACGACAAGGCGCUGCUGGCCGCGUCGCCUGUAUCGGGGAAAUAUAAUGCCGAGCAGUGGCCAGACGGUAGGUUGCUGCUUAUUUGCCAUAGCUAUGAGGAUGAGCUUGUGGAGCGCGCCCAGCGCGAUGUCAUGUGUGUGGCGCUGGAUCGGCAGGGCUGGAGUAUUGUCAUGGAGGCUGGGGAUGAGGAGGAUGAGGUGAGGGCUGAAGGGAGGAGAGUGCUUAAUGUGAGGGAUCUAAAGGGCGGGCAUGAUGAGAUUUGGGAGGAUGGGAGACAGAUUGCUACACUGGUUGCCGAGGUGGUCCAACGGUUGGGCGGGAAGUAG